AUGGGAUCCGAGGCAGAACUCGAGGCAUGUUCCUUACCAAAGCUUGCACUGUUCUCAAUCCCACCGAUGCAGUCACCUGUGCACUCUGGUAUGCUAACACCACCACUCCACACCUCAGCUUCGGUUCCAUUCCGGUGGGAAGAAGAGCCUGGUAAGCCACGACCCUGCACAGCUCUCAUCACCCUCCCACCCAACAACAAUGGACCCAAGUGCUUAGAGCUACCUCCAAGACUGUUAAUGGAGUCUAAGAUUACCAAAACACCCUCACCCACCACUGUCCUUGACGGUCCUGAUGAGGACAAGUCUAUAUUCUCUUCAUCUUCAUUCAGAUUCAUAAGAAAGUUUGAGGGGUCAUUUAAUAGUACUGUUUCGAGUCCUGAGAGAGGGCAGCUUGGGACAAUUGUUCUUGGAAAGAGAUCAGGAAACAAGACGAGAAGGGGGUUCUUUGGGUCUUGGAGGCUAAAGACCCUUAAGGGUAGUAGUGGUAACAAACAUGUUGGUGGGGAUAGUUUCGUCUUUCCAUCUUCCAUUGACGUAGCAGAUCAUUGCAAUAUUGAUGAUGAUCAGUGUGGCAGUACUACAAGGGUGAAGAGGGCAAGGAUUAGAAGCAAUGGAAGCUUUUCCACUCUCUCUCAAGCAAGGUCUCAUUUCUGGGAAGCUGUAUACGAGGGCUUCAAGAAAGCGAUUCCAUGGAGUAGAAAAUCGAAGAAAGAUGGGCUCAUCAUAUAA